AUGUACGACCGCUACUGUCUGAAGAUGAGUAAGGACGCGGCGCGGCAGAGGCUCGAGCAGGGCAGGCGGUUUGUGAUCCGCCUGAAGGUCCCGUCGGGAAGCACGGCCGUGUGUGACGAUUUAUUGGGUAAGGUUUGCUUCAAGAACCGGACGAUAGACGACCAGGUUUUGCUGAAGAGCGACGGCACGCCGACAUACCACCUGGCGAGCGUCGUAGAUGACCAUCUGAUGGGGAUAACGCACGUGAUAAGGGGGGAGGAGUGGCUGGCAUCGACGCCGAAGCACCUGAUGUUGUACCGCGCGUUUGGUUGGCAGGAGCCGAAGUUUCUGCACCUGCCGCUCCUGUUGAAUGAGGACAGGGCAAAGCUAUCUAAGAGACAUGCUCAUACGAGCGUCCAAUGGUACAAGGACCAGGGGUACCUCCCGGAGGCGGUUGCCAACUUCGUGGCGUUUUUGGGCUGGACUCCCCCAAUGAGCGAGUCGACCCGAGAAAUCCUGACGCUCGAGGAGAUGGCUCGGCUCUUUGACGUCAAGGACCUGAACAAGAGCGGCGCGAUGGUGCAGUUGAAGAAGCUGAACUGGCUCAACUCGCAACACCUAAAGCGCCUAGCUCAAGACGACCCUCAGACGCUUCUGCAGCGCCUGGCGCCCUAUCUCGAGCAGAGGCUCGACAUGUCGAAGGCGUCUCCGGAGUAUCUGAAGAGAGUCUUCGUGACGUUAAUUCUUCAAGACACAAAAUUUUGUACCAUUCCACAAUUGAUAGAAAGAAGUUUGCACUUCUUCGUCUCACCUGACUACCAAAGCGGUGAGGCCUCCGCGACCCUGAAGCGAAUAGUCAGGCCGUACACCUGUCAUCUAUUAGAUGCAUUUCUGGCCGCCGCGGACCCACCUGAGUGGUCGAAGUCGCACAUUUCUGGCCUGCUCCUUUCCGUGCUCAAGUCCGCGAGAACGGAAGCUCCCGAUGCAAAGAAGGCGGACCUCUACCAGGUCAUUCGGCUAGCCCUUACCGGCCUAGCCGAGGGCGUCGAUCUUCUUGUCACCAUCGAGAUUCUUGGUAGGAAGACCUGUAUCGAGCGCGUCGCGAGCUUCAGGCGCUUGCCGUCGCUCAGCGAUGCAGCCCGCGAGCGUUGCCGGUCACAGGAGGACCUCGCGAGCUAG